GACAGAAUGAUAACACAUCACACACAGACUCAUCCCACUUCCCAGCCCUAGGUCCCCCACCCUGCCACUGCCACCCACACCGACGGCGCCGAUUUCCUUCCACCGUUCUCUCUUCCUUUCACCGUCAAUUCUCUACUUAUCUCUUCCACCGAUUUCCUUCCUCUUCCAGUCUUCCGCAACACACACCGACGGAGACGACUUGAAGUUUGGAUUUUGAUGGCUAGGCAUGUUUCAGUCCAUACAAGAUUUAUUUAUUUCAAAGAGGGCAAGGCAUUGGUGACUUCAUCUUGGAAAGCUGUUUCUUCCAAGACACGGAUCAUCAAUGUCAGAUGAAUUGGAUUUGAAGACCAAAAUCUCAUCUUCAUCAUUGCCUGGAUUUCGAUCCUAAGCAAUUCAGAUUGGUUCGCUCCUUCUGAGAAUUCACUCUGAAAACUCGUAUAUUACUUGACACAAUGGGAGCUUCCAGAGGUCAAAGGCUUUCUGGGAUGCAGAAGCAAGUACUUAGCUUGUACAGAGGGUUUCUGCGAGUAGCACGUUCCAAAUCUGAUGAUGAACGACGCAACAUAGAGUCAAUAGUAUCACAAGAGUUUCGCCGUAAUUCCGUGGAAGUAGAUCGGAAAAACUUUCUCUACAUGGAGUACUUACUUCGCCGUGGCAACAAGCAGCUUGAUCAGCUUAGGAACCCUGGUACCACUGGGUUAACUUCAUUACAAGUUGAUUUGUCCAAAAACGAUUAGAAUACUAACCCUUCAACUAAGCGCUAUUUUGACGCAGAUAUUCAUAAUUCAAAAUGAAUUGAAUAUUGAGUUGCUCAAAUUUUUAUAUAUACAUUAAGAAAUAAGAUGUAUACUGCAGACCCCAUUUGAUUAUGUGUUUUAAGGACAUCCAUUUCGAUUCUCACACACAAAUUUCUCCGUAUUCCGGAGCUGUAAGAAUUCAUUUAUGUUUGGAUCAAGGCU